AUGAAUGAGCUUUCUCCUAUGAUGCAUUACCAUCUUGUAGGUUCGGGACUAUUUCCUGAUAAUUCCGCGAAGUUUGUUUUGUCAGUGUUCCCAGCAGAUUCAUGUUUUAACGAAAUAAAGAAAAUUACUACAGUCGUUGAACUUAAUACAACCGAUAAAAAUUCACUAAAAUGGCUUAUACAUUGUGCUGCAUUUGUUAUACACUACGGAAUGCACUGUAAAACGAACGAAGAACAUAUUGUCCAACCUUUGAUGCUUUAUAUGAUUGAAUUUUUGUCUACAAACUGUAUUAAACAAAAUGUUACAGCAAAUAUGGAUAUAAAAGACUUUAAUGCAAUGACAAGAGAAAUAUUACCAAUUCUUUCAAUGGUUUGUGAACCAAAUGCACCAAAAGUAGCAAGAGAUAGUUUUAGAGAGCUCAUCAAUACAAUUAUCAAUAGUAAAUUUGCAGAUUACGAGACAGAAACCAUAGAAUUGUUAUUUAGAAUGUUACUAGGUAUCUGUGACUCAUUUAUAACUGAUCUUUAUUCAUACAAGCACUGGGAUAAUGAAAUAGAUCAAUUCUUAGAGAACUUAUUUGAAAUUUUAAUGCGAACCACGAAAAUUUGUCCAAAUAACUGGAAGAUUUUCAAUGAAGUCACCUGUAAAUGGCCUAACAAUUCGAAAUUCCAGGCUCUCUGGUCUAGAUCUUUCAUGGUUUGCUUCCAAGUUUUAGCUCAAUCUCUUUGGACGAAAAAUUUCAUAUUGGUUCAGAUACAACCUGAAUCACUUGGUAUAGAUCUUGAUAGCGCAACCGAAAUAUUGAUAUAUUUCAUUGAUAAUGCAAGAUAUUUAGCAACAUCUCCAAAUUUCGGAAUUGUCCAUAACGAAUUCGGGUUUAUCGCAGAUUGUAUCAGCCAAAACAAAGAAAAUAUCAUAGGUCUUUUCAAUAAAAAGUGGUUUGUUGACGAGAUAUUUGAGAUAUUUUCUUUAUGGCCUUUGGCUCAAGGUCCAUCGAAGCAUUUUUCCAAUGAGGAUAAGCGAAAGACCUCUCUUUUUGCAUUCGUGAUGCUUCUUGAAAACGGAAUUAUUAAAAAUCAGUCUAACUGGUUCCAGGAUACAAUUACUUACUUCAAGAGAGAACUUAUAGCCCAGGACUCUUCAAUUGCUCCUGUUUUGUUGACGAAAUUAUCAUCUUUGUUAGUUUCUCAUCAAAAUUUAACUCGAGAACUAAUAACUCCUAUUAUGAAGUGUUUGUUGAGACAAACAUCUGAUGAAACGAAGAAUUUGUCCAUAAAUAUUAACGAUCCUUUGAUAGAAAACCUCAUAUUGAAUAUUGCAGAGAUUUAUAUCCAUAAUACGAACCAAUGCGGUACAAUAAACAACAUAAAGAAACUCCAGAAGCGCAUGUACAGCAAGAAAGUCGAUAUUCAUAGUAAUGAUUCCGAUACUUGGCAAAAUCAGAUGUUAAUUUUGAUGCUUUCCGGUUGCCAUAAGGCCUUUGCAUCAUAUGUAUUAAGAUUGUUGGACGAAAAUACUGAUCUUCCACCUGAAUUCUUUACAUUCCUCAGUUUCGUACCCGUUCUGAUGCCAACCUUCCUUAAACAUGGUGCCGAUAAGAAAGGAACCGAUUUUGAAUUGAAUUUCGUAAGCAAAAAGAAUGUUUACUUCAUUAUUAAGGAUUUUAAGAGUUUCCAUGCUUUCGCGAUAUGCAUGCAGGCUUUGUACUUGGAAGGAUCUCGAUUUAGACCACUUUCCCAGGAGAAAACAGCCUUUAACAAGAUGCUUCGUGAAAAUAAUUUGACUGAUCUCAUAACUUUCCUCGAAUUCAGUGGAUAUCCUCACUCCAAUUCGAUGGAUGUUGAAACUGCUAAGGCGAUUUACCAGGAAAAUAAGGAAUUCGCCAAAAGUUUCUUCAUAGGAAAUUCGGUUUUAACGAUAAUUGACAAUCCUAAGUUCCAAAACUUGAUAAUGACCAUAAGAAGUCAGUACGGAGUCCUCAAUAUUGAGAUCAGUGAUAUGACAAUGCAAGAAAAUGUACAAUCAAUUCCUGUAUUGAACGAUACACCACAAACGGUCGGCCAUGACAUGAAUUACUCGGCAGAUGGAACAUUCCUCGACUCCGAAAUGCUCCAAAAGUUCAAUGAUUUGGAUAAAAUUAACGUUCCGAUUUCAUUUAAGCCAUAUUCAUCGCCAGGAUUCAAAUCUAAUCGUAUAUUCUCGUGUUUGGCGAACCUCGGCGUUAUUUCUACCGAUAACCUCCAUAAGAUUUUCCCAAUAACAAACGCCGACGUUUUUAUUUCCGAGUACGAUCAGAUUUCUCCUUAUGAAACCAUCGAAGUAGCUGUUCUAUGCUACACAAAGGACUCAAUGUCCGGUUACGGAUCGGAAUUUGGCACAAAUGAUUUUAUAUCUUUCUUGAAUGAACUCGGAGAGCCACAGAACUACGAAAGCGAUACUUGUGGUUCAGUUCAUGCCAGAAUCUAUACAUAUUGCAGCAUAAGAGUUGUUUACAUCGCAUUAUGUUGCAUGAAAGAGCCAAAUAUCGACAAACUUCUCAGUCUUCCUGUUGUUUUGGCAUACAACGAAACUGGAUUCUCUCCAAACUACGAGUUGUUCGAGAAAACUCUACCUUCUAAGCUAGUUUUCGCUGUCAGAACAAUUAAAGAAGAAGGACAACCGGAAAACGGCGCAUUUGCAGUUCUUUUAAUCUGCAAACCGAAGGGAAUUGUUCUUCCUUUCAUGCUAAAGAUUGCCCGAUUCGUCAGCAAAAGAAACUUCAAAGCAAUGAUCGCCAUGAUUUCAAUUAUUUACCAUUUGACGCAGAACAGCAACGAUGUUUGGGAGAAGAGAUUGAAAUUGUUUGGAGACAUUGUUUAUCAAGAUGAUAUAUCUCUGCUGACAUUUCAGUUUGAUAAUUAG